UGCAAAAUUGCAGGAUCUUGCCAGAAAUUGGAAUACCCACUCACCACUGGAAGCAGAAAGCACCUUUUAUCCCAUCUACUUGACGGAGACAGCAUUCACCAUGUCAGGAGAGGUUAACACAACAGAUGAGACCGGAAGUGGUGGUGGUAAGGACUUCCGGUUCACCGAUUACAACCAGCGACUGGUCCUGGCCAUCACUUUCAUCGUCAUCUCCGUCGUCGGUUCGAUCGGCAACAGCAUUGUCAUUGCUGCUGUUGCCAUGUCUCGGAAACUUCGGACGGCCACCAACGUCUUCGUGGUCAGUCUGGCCAUCGCUGACCUCCUCACCAACCUUUUCCUCCCUUGGAACGUGAUUGCCUUGUUGAAUGAAGACCGAGAGCAAUGGCCGAUGGAGGAAUCACUAUGUGUCAUGGCCGCCAUCAUUCUCUACACGUGCGUUGGUUCCAGUGUCUACAGCCUGGCUGCGAUAGGUCUCAAUCGCUUCGUGUUGAUCACUCAACCUAUACACGUGUAUCACCACUACUACUCCAAGGUCAGAAUGGGCAUAAUGGUCAUGUUCACAUGGGUCAUUCCUCUGUUCCUGUCCCUCUUGCCGCUCAUCUUCGGUCUCGGACAGCUCGGAUACGACGCCAAGUACGGUACAUGCACUCACAAGACUUCACAUCCGCUGUCUGAUUACUACAGCUUGACCCAAGCCGUCAUCAUCUACCCGAUUCCUCUGACAGUCAUCCUGGUGUCUUACGUCGCCAUCUACGUGCACGUCCGUGCUCACACGAAGACCAUCACAGAGAUUCAAGACACCUCAGAAUCCUCCUCAUCAACGCACAAACCCAAAAGGCGUGAAAGUACGGCACGACGAUCGAUCAGCAAACGUCAGGUCGAAAUCACCAAGAACCUCUUUUAUGUCGUCUGCGCGUUUGUCCUUUGCAUCACGCCAUAUUGUGCUAGCUUGGUGAUUCCUGGUUCUGAGUCGUUCAUCCCAUGGGCAGGGGCCAUCAUCCUUAUGAACGCUUGCAUAAAUCCUGUCAUCUAUGCCACAAAACAUCCGCACUUCAAGAAGGUGAUGUUUGCAAUCAUCCGAUGUAGGCUUUCUGCAAUACCCGAACCAAGCUCAGACUGUUUACGCGCGCAAGGUCAACCAAUACCAUCAAGAUGAGCAUCGACAAAACGACGCUGAACACUUGAGCUUACUUGCACAUCUCAGGUUGUGAUCCUGAACCCAUCACGAAGUCGCAGAAGACUCCAUUAAUAACCAUCCUCACUGGACAGGUGGAAAUUGAACGUGCUUCACAAACAAACAAACAGCACAAGGAGAUGGUUGCAUCGGAUGGGUUAACUUCAUUCCGUGCCUGCCAAAGGUGAACGAAAGUUGUUACGUAUCGAAAAACAGUUCCUGCCUUGUACGAGGCACGAGUCACUGAACUCCAGAGACUUGAUUCGUCAACAAACUUGUUUGGGUGCCUUGACAAGUUCACGCUUUUUAUAAGAAGGACAGGUGCAUCGACCGAUGUCACAACAGCUUUGUAGUUGUGAAACCACGGAAGCUUGUAGAGAAAGAUGGGAAAAUGCGUAAGAAGUGAACAAACUCGACAUGACAGCGGACCAAAUACCAGGGGAAGAUUAGGUUUGCUUUUCGUCAGAAAGGAAGAUGAAAGGGCAUUGAAAUCUCAAACCUUGUGUCACUCUUUGCGGAUUAACAGAAAUUAAUCCGUUUCUGAAAUGUCCGAGCUUAGAAGUGAAAUCUUCGGUGGCAGUAGUAAAGUUCCGAUGGUGAAGGCAGUCCUUUUGAUGAUGUCAAAGGACUAAUUGAUUAUCAUGUUUGUAUACUGUCAUAUUAAGAUUCACUGAAGGGAAUUCUAAUGGUAAAGUGGUGAAUGUAAAUAGUUUUAUAUUGCAAUCACAAUAACCAUAAUAAUGCUGUAUCAAAAAGGAAUAUCUACACAACUUUUGAUUGAGAACAAAAACCUCAUUUAUAUUUAUUUGGCAAUUUGUAAUAUUUUGUUAUAUCAUUAGCAGACAGCUUAAUAU